UGGAAGGAAUACACGAUGCUUCCUAGGAUGGCCUCCGUCAGCCGGUUUGGAUUUGCCCUCCGAGUUCCAAGGGAAUCCCUGCGGAAUGUGAUACUUGGUGCAGCAAGGCAGGAGAGACAUGCUUCAAGUUCAGAGAGCGCUUUGAAGAAGACGGAGCUGUUCGAAUUCCACCAGCAGCAGGGAGGGAAGAUGGUGGAGUUUGCAGGCUGGAGCAUGCCAGUGCAGUACAAGGACAGCCACAUCAACUCCCACAUGCACACACGCCAGCACUGCUCUAUUUUUGACGUCAGCCACAUGCUGCAGACGAAGUUCCAUGGAAAGGACAGAGUGAAAUUCAUUGAGUCUCUGAUUGUUGGGGAUGUAGCUGAGCUCAAAGACAACCAGGGCACACUUUCCCUCUUCACCAAUGAGAGAGGAGGAAUAAAGGAUGACUUGAUUGUGACCAAGACAGACCAAGGCUAUCUCUAUGUGGUUUCUAAUGCUGGCUGUGCAGACAAGGAUUCAGCCCACAUGGAGGCCAAACUUAAGGAGUUCAAAGCUGCUGGCCAUGAUGUAGACAUGGAGUACUUGGACGAAAGCUUGAUUGCCCUUCAAGGUCCCUCUAUGGCACAAGUCCUUCAGCCAGGUUUGUCCGAUGACCUGAGCAAGUUGACCUUCAUGACCAGUACAUUGACAUCAGUGUUUGGGAUCCAGGGUUGCCGGGUUACACGAUGUGGCUACACAGGAGAGGAUGGAGUAGAGAUUUCAGUUCCGCGGUCUGGAGUGGUCGCACUGGUGGAGCGCCUGCUGGCCAACAGCGAGGUGCGCCUCGCUGGACUGGGGGCCCGGGACAGUCUGAGGCUUGAGGCGGGGCUCUGUCUCUAUGGCAACGACAUUGAUGAGACCACUACCCCAGUGGAGGCCACCCUAGUGUGGACUAUAGGAAAGCGGCGGCGUCAGACCAAGGAUUUCCCCGGAGCAGACGUCAUUGUCCCGCAGAUCAAGGCCAAGACCCAGAAGAAGCGUGUAGGCCUGGUGUCCACGGGACCCCCUGUCCGGCAGCACACCCCCAUCCUGAGCCCUGAGGGAAAGAAAAUAGGUGAAGUGACUAGUGGCUGCCCCUCCCCCUGCCUUAAGCAGAAUGUUGCCAUGGGUUACGUGGAGGCAGGGUUUAGCAAAGUGGGCACACCUCUGCAGGUGGAGGUGAGGAAGAAGACAGUGAAUGCGGUUGUCAGCAAGAUGCCCUUUGUGCCUACAAACUACUACACUGGCCAGUAAGAACUGUUUCUCACUGGAUCAGUGAGUAUAGUUCUGCUGUUUGUGUAGAGCUGUGGAAUUCACACCAUCUGCAUCAUUAACCAAAAGAACCAUGGCUAGAACACACACAAACACACACACGCACGCACACACUACCGAGCAAUGCUGAAGCUCUGCACACUUUGCAGGAAAGUGGCUGUUAUGUUUUUAUAAUUUUCUGUAGCCUUGAUAAAUGGGCGCAAACUCACAGAAUUCUCUCGGGUACAUUAUAUGAAUUGAAAACGAUUAACGUGCCCACCUUGUUGAGAACAGUACUGUAGUGAAACCUACACCAAUUUAGCCCAUUAGAGGUUAGAAAGCCGUUUACUAAUUUAGAUCAUCGGGUAUUCAUUGAAGCUCAGAAGUGUGACCAUUCCAUGGCUGUGUGACCAUUCCCCAAGUGCCUGUGGCCAACACUGUUAUCUGUCAACAUCACAUCGUGUUCAGAAGAGUUAUGUACCUGCACUUAGGUCCCCAAUGUACACCUUCUGCAACCACUGUGUUGAGUAAUGUUCUAGUGUGGGUCCAGGAGAAGAGAAAAUGCAGAUCCAUUCUUAGGCACAUUUAAAAAAUGAUUCUUGUAACUUUUAGUCAGUAAAGAAAUGAUAUUAAAUUGUAUUCCUUGUCUUAAAUGGAGUUUAAAUUGAUGCCAUGCUCUCUUAAAUGUUUUAUCUCUUUAAACGGUUGCUGUUGAUACAGUGGACAUUUCUACAUAAUUGCUUUUGAAUUAAAUGGCUGAAAUCAUGGACAUUUUUAUUUUAAAGGAAUAGAUGGACUAAAUCAAUUGUACUUACAAUGUAUGUUUUUGCAUGUAAAAAAUAAACUGAGUUAUAGAGGCAAUUUUCUAGGUUCAAACAUGUAAACCUUUGAUAGCUUGAACUUUUUGACCCUGAAAGUUAGAGGUGUUAACAGUGAAAUAACUUAAUACACAUACUGUUGUACAUGUCCCACUAACUCUUAAGUGUUAAGAAGUAGUUAAUCAAGUUUGUCUCCAUACCUGUUAAGCCGGAAAGAGACGAGUCUACUUUUGUCCCUGUGGCUUUUAUCUUCUUUCUUGUUGGCUUUUAGUGAGAUCUGUCAUGUCCAAUCCUGGUCCUCCAUUGCUCCUGGUUUACAGAGGAUCAUGAUGCAAUGAUCGUAUUAGUUUACAACAAGGUACACAAGUAUUCUAAAAAUGUAUUAUAAGUUAUCCAAUUGAAAUAAAUAGUAUUUGUAUAUAA